CAUGUUUCAACUACUGAAAAAGACAGCAAAAAAAAUUCAAAUAUAAAUCUGGUAAUAAUUGAACAGUCUAAGAUGAACAGCUGCACAAUUUCAUCAAUAAUUUUAAUGGUUGGACUGAUGUUUGUGUUUGAAAUGCCAAUGGUAACAAUGAUUCCAUGCCCAGUGGACCCUUGUGAGCCUAAUCCCUGCCAGAAUGGUGGUUCCUGUGUGUCUUAUGAUGAUGCUACAUUCAAAUGUUAUUGCCUAUCCCCAUUCGGAGGAAAGCAGUGCCAGACUAAAAAAUUAGUUGCAACAUGUUGCUAAUAAAUAAUGAACCAACAAAUGACUUUAAAUCGACAAUAAAUUCUGAAAGGAGUGUAAACUUCA